AUGGCAUACAUCCAGGCCUGUACAAUGGCUGUAGACGCAUGGACCCGACUGCAACCUGUAUACCAACCAAAAGGGGCAAUUUCAAUCAUUUGUCUCCGACGUCAUUUAUUCCGGACAUUGUGUGAAGAAAGGGAAAACAUCGAAGAGCAUAUUCGGAAACUCACCCAAAUGCGAACGGCGCUCCAGAACUUUGGUCAAACAAUUGAUGAAGCCAAAUUUGCAACCAUAAUACUCACAUCCUUACCGGAAUCAUGCGACAAUUGGGUCAACGGCAUUGACCUAACCACUAUCAAAGAAUCCAAGGAGAUUGUUGCUUGGAUCAUACAACAAGCAGGGCGACCGCAGGCUAAACCAAAUUUGCUUGAAGAGACAGCGCUUCCUGCAUUUGGCAUAUCACGGCCAUCGACAGGGACCGGAGAAGGGUGUUUCCACUUUGGACGUCCUGGACACUGGAUUGCUGAAUGCCGUGAUCAGCAGAAUGGUAGAAUUUACACAGACCAACAGCGGAGAGCUAAUGCACAGUGA